AUGAUUCUGAAAGUGCCAGCUGUGACGUCGUUCUUCACCAAGUGUCUGAGUCAGCGAAUCAGACACAUAAGAUGGGCUGAAAAGAAGAAGACACAACCCCCAAAAAGGCAGAGUGAUAAUCCACUCUUGAGUUCUGCCAAAGCGCCCCGUGUGGGACAUGUCCAUCUGCUGCAGAAAGACGUUUCAUCAUUGACUGCUGAUGACUAUGAGAAUCAUCUUGCUGAAGUAAGACGAGAAUGGAGUAAAGGCAACACCAAGAACAAGAACCACUUGAUGCUCCUCCUUAGUGAAACCUUCGCCUGCAACCAGCAAUGGAUCAAAAGUUUACCAGAUUCCAAAAUGGAGCCAAUCCUGCAGAAAAUACCAUGCUACCAAGAUGGCAGUCUGGUCAUUCAUGAUUUCCUGAAAAUCAUUGGAGAAAGCAGCUUGGACUCCAUUCUAAACAAGAUGGAGAUUUUCCUGACCGUGGUGGAAAGUCUCAUCGGCACAUCAACAAAGGAACCUGAGAGGAUUAUCCCCGUUAUCCGCCAUGUUGAGAAGGCAACAGCUUUUGACAAAGGGAAGGGUGUGAAAAGCAAGUCUGUCAUCACCAUUAAAGAGGAUAUCUCAGAUGAUGAAGUUGAAGAAGUCUUGAAGACAGGAGACCGGGACCCACCCCAUUUGCUGGUUCUAAAAAAAGGUGGUACAAUUGCUGGCACAUUUGUCGUUGGUGAUACUGUAAGCAUUAUGUGCCACUCAACCAGUGACAAGUCUAUAACAUCAGCGAUGCUCACAUUGAUUGCUGUAUACUAUGUGUUCGAUCUAGAUUAUCCAAAGAUCUAUUCCCAGCUUCUGGGCACACUUCAGUCACAUGUAGUAGGUGGCAUUACAUUUGAUGGAAAAAAAAGUGCCAAGUUCAGGUCCUUCAGUAAUGUACUGGAUAAAAAACGUUAA